GAUAGCACGAGACAAAUCACAUCACGCCUCAGAAUAUCGAUUGUAAAUUAUUUUGUUGUAAUAUUCAUUAGCAAUUUUUGGCUUUAACUAUUUACUGAACCAAAUCGAGGCUGCAACACACUUGCAUCAACAGUUCGCGGCAUUAAUUAUCGCGUAAAAGACUAGGAGAUUGGAGACCAAUCGGACACCACUUGGAAACCGUGGAAAACUCUUAGCGGCUUUUCGCGAGACGCCGACUUAGGAAGAAGGAAAAGCGCGGAGAGCGGGGAGAGUAGUGAAAGGAACAGCAGCGCCAACGAUCUACAAACAUGUCGCGCAGCGUGCGGGCGGAAACACGGAGUCGUGCGAAGGAUGACAUCAAGCGGGUGAUGCAGGCAGUGGACAAGGUACGCCACUGGGAAAAGAAGUGGGUGACCAUUAGCGACACUACCAUGAAGAUCUACAAAUGGGUGCCCAUUGCCUCCGCCAGCGAGAAGAAGUCCAAGCUGGAGGCAUCCCCUGGGUCAGCAGCCAACCGGCGACCGCCCACAAUCAGUGGGGUCGCGCCUGUCGGCGGCAGCAAGAGCGACAAGGAGAACUCCCAGAAGGGCACGCCCACGCCGCCCCAAAUCACGCCCAGCUACCAGGGACUCACCGCCGAGGACUCCAACACCUGUUUCUCCGUCGUAUCCGACAGCCAGGGUGCUGACUUUGUGUCGAGUAUGCCCUUCUCCGAGGACUCGAACUCGCAGGGCAGCGAUGGACCGGUGAAGCGGCUGAAGACGAGCGACUAGCCAAACAUUCGCAGCCACAGCACCUACAGCAGCAGCAGCAACUAACUAAGAGCCCUAGUUAAGUUAGAUAAGCACCGUCAGCCGGAUAUCGAUAAUAACAAGAUCGCACUGAUGAAGAUGAAGAUGAAGACGAAAACGAGAGUAUCUGCCUCAGCCCAAGACUUAAGCAAUUCUCCUGCUCUAGCAGAUUAGGACCGGCAGCUGUGCCGCCACAAGCCUCAUUAUUCAAUCAUCAUCUAAGCGGCGGCAGCUGCGGGUCGAUAGGUCCAUAGGUAUAAGUUCAAAGGUAACCACUUAUUUAUUAGCACAGCAUUCAAAUCAGUUCUGAACGAACCUGAAAAGGAUUUGUAGUGUUGUGUCAGAGAUUUAAGAAAAAGCAGCCAGUCUGAGUGUUUGUAAAUCAUGUAAAGUUUUUAACUUUCACUUUCUAUUCGAUCUGACAAAAUGUAGUAAAUAAAUAAGUGUACUAAUUAUAAAACAUUUUUUUUUUAACACUUGUGUCAGGUUAGUUUAGAAAUUUUUUUCCCCCACUAAAUUGACUCGAAAACGAUUUGACUUAAUAGUUUUCCAAAAGUAGCUUGACCACGCCGAUUUUAAAAGUUUUUCUACACAUUCAGUGAAUGUAACCGACUUGGUCGAAACUUUUAAAAACGAAUGCUGGUAGAUGCUAGUUUUGGAAAACAUUUAUGAAAUCUAAACCGAACUAAAAUAGAACCAUCGAUAGAUACACAAAGAUAAUGCAAA